CUCUUGACUCGAAUGUCUCUAGUAUCUCCCAAUCCCCCGGGUUCUUCUUCAAAGCGCUAAAGCGAGCAGACCACCAUACAGCUUAGAUAUUUCUCAAUUUUAUUUUAGCUUAAAAUUUAUUUUCUUGCAGGGUGUGAUAAAUUCAUACUUCAAGAAUGAGAAAGGUUCCAUCUUUGAUAUCCUUAUGCAUGGAGUCAAUCAAGAAAGAACUCAUCCAUGGGGAUGAUGAUCUUGUAACGGUUGUCUACGAGCUCCCCUACGAUUUGUUCGAGACCUUAGUUUCGAGGUUGCCCCCAUUGACAUUGCAAAAGCUGCAGACGGAAAUGCCAUUUGACGACCGGAAUGACCAUGAAUUUACUGAUGAUUGCUUUAGAAAUGGAAGGAAACGCGGAAGGUAUUGGAAUUUCAAUGCAGCAUGGAAGGCUUUGUUCAAUUUGCGUUGGCCUGAUCUUGUUGACCAGAUUGCACCAGUUGACUGGCAACAGAUGUAUUGGGAAACUCAUCUGCAAGAUUGCCUAGAUGAAGCAGCUGAGAUGGCUCUGCUUCCAGCUUUUUAUGGAUGUAUCGGUGACAUACAGAUUCCAGACGUUUCAUUGAAAUAUAUUGGUUUUGAUGGAAAAGCAAAUCUUGUAACUUCUGACUAUUUGAAGUUAUCUUAUCAUUGCCAACACUUUGGGAGCUACUCUAGAUGCAUACGACUUCAAAGUGUACUCUGCACAGCAGAAACUUGUCAUUUAUUGAGAAAUUGCAAGUUAAAGAGCUUGGUGCUCAGGUGGAUUAGAUCCAAAGAGCAUUUUGAUGGGAUUUGCAGACUUCUGAACCAGAACAGUGAAACAUUAACAUCUAUUGAGUUCAUUCACUGCAAGCUUUCUUCAGAUUUCUUCAAUGCAAUCUGUAAUUCUCUAAUAAUGAAGGGUAUCCAGACCCAUGGAAUACAGAACUUCUCAAUCAUAUCAAGCUUUCUUGAGAGCAACCAAGUUCGAUUACCUAUGGGGCUUGAAUCAUUUUUAUCAUCAGGAAGGUCCUUGCGUUCGUUAAAAUUAUGUGACAGCCAACUUGGCCGAAAUUUUGUAAAUAUGGCCUUCAAUACCCUUCUGAAUACUUCCUCCAGCAUAUCUGUCCUUGAUCUUUCAGAAAACAAUAUAUCAGGAUGGCUUUCUGAUUUUAACAAAAGAUCCUCAAGUGACCCCUUCUCAUCAUCCUUUGGCAGGUCCUUGCAAUCUUUACGUGUUCUCAACCUGAGGGGUAACAAUCUACAGAAAAAUGAUGCGGGCAGUCUAAGAUAUGCCCUGGUUCAUAUGCCUAACUUGGAGGUCCUAGAUAUAAGUGACAAUUUCAUUGAGGAUGAAGGAAUCAGGAGUUUAAUCCCUUAUUUUGUUGAAGCUUCUGAAGGAUGCUCUUCCUUGGCUGAUUUGAAUCUGGAGAAAUGUGACCUUUCUUGCAAUGCAGUAACCGAGCUUCUAAAUGCCCUCUCAACCUUUAAAGGACCACUGAAGUCUCUAUCUCUGGCGGAUAAUUUCCUUGGCAGCCAGGUAGCAGUAGCUUUGGGAAAAUUCUUGCACUCAUCUAUUCAAGUUCUGAAUAUUGGAGGUAUUGAAUUGGGGUCAUUUGGUUUUAAGGAACUACAAGAAGGUAUGACGGAGGAGUUGAAGCUAGUCAAAAUCAACAUAAGCAAAAACCGUGGCGGGAUUGAAACUGCCAAGUUUUUGUCAAAACUCAUGACAGUGGCUCCAGAACUUACUGAAGUUAAUGCAGCAUAUAAUUUUAUGCCUGUAGAAUCCUUAACCAUCAUCUGUUCUGCACUGAAAGUUGCAAAAGGUAGUCUUGAGCAUUUAAACUUGACGGGAAAUACUUCGGCCCAUCACCCAGCUCAUGCAUCCAUGCUUAGAGGAAUUGAACAUAAUGGAAGGCCAAUUUUAAUUCUUCCAUCAUCAUCAGCAGCCUCAGAUGCACAUUAUGAUGAUGAUCCCUAGAAGCCGAUGCUUUAUCAUGUUUUAUGCAACAAAUGUGGUUAUUAUUGCAGUCACAAUAGUCACUGAUCAAUGUGCACUGGUGUUGUGCCAGGAAUCAAGCAUAUUGAAUGUAAUUUGUACAUGAUGCUUGUUGGCUCUAUUUUUCCUGCAUAGUAUGUAAUAGAUUAAUGUUGUUUAAUGCUCAACAAUUUUGUUUUAGUGAGUCUGUACAAUAUAUGCUAAUUUGAUUUGAGCCGUGUCAA